AAAUUCUGUUAUUCAUGCAUUAUAACCAUUUCAAGCACUAAGUUCAAUCUAUGGUUUCAUGAUUUCAAAUCAAAAUCUGUUGUUCAAUCUACAUUUAUUUAUCUUUCCAUAUAUAGUGUCAUGGUUCCAAAUCAAAUUCUGUUAUUCAUGCACUAGAAGCAUUUCAAGCAUUCCAGAUAUGGCGCAAGAACAAGAGUACAGAACCAGCACCACACUUCCAAAGUGUGAUACCUAUUUCGAAACCAUACAAUCCAGAAAGAAGCUACCACUGUCUCUGCAGGAGACCUUGACAGAUGCAUUUGCAAAGAUUCCUGUUUCUUCUUUUCCAGCAGUUCCUAGUGGAAAAGUGAUUGAAAUUCUAGCAGACACGCCCAUUGGUGAAGCAGUUAAGAUUCUAUCUGAAAGCAACAUUUUAUCAGCUCCAGUUAAAGACCCAGAAGCAGCUAAUAGUUCAGAUUGGAGAAGAAGGUACCUUGGCAUCAUAGAUUAUUCAGCAAUCAUUCUCUGGGUGCUGGAGGGUGCAGAACUUGCACACAAAGCACUAUUGGUAGGUACAGCAACAGCUGCUGGAGUUGGUGCAGGAGCCGCUGGUGCUAUGGGAGCGCUAGCAUUGGGAGUGACAGGUCCUGCAGCAAUUGCUGGGCUAACCGCUGCUGCAGCAGGUGCUGCACUGGCAGGUGGCAUUGCUGCAGAUAGAGUGGUGGCUAAAGAUGCACCUCAAGCAGCUGAUAACCUAGGAGAGGACUUUUACAAAAUAAUACUGGAAGAAGAACCCUUCAAGUCAACAACGGUGCGAUCAAUAAUUAAAUCAUACCGAUGGGCUCCUUUUGUUCCAGUUGCAAGAAAUAGUGCUAUGUUGACUGUCCUGCUGCUUCUCUCAAAGUACAGGCUGAGGAAUGUACCUGUGAUAGAAACAGGUAAGCCUGACAUUGUAAACUUCAUUACUCAAUCAGCAGUUGUCCAAGGUCUCGAGGGAUGCAAAGGAAGAGAUUGGUUUGACUGCAUUGCGGAAAAGCGUAUAGCUGAUCUGGGACUUCCAUUUAUGUCUACUGAUGAGGUUAUUAGCAUCCAGAGCAAUGAAUUGAUUCUUGAAGCUUUCAAGCAGAUGAGGGAUAAUAAAAUUGGUGGUCUUCCUAUAGUAGAGGGGCCAAAGAAGAGAAUUGUUGGAAACUUGAGCAUACGAGACAUCAGACACUUACUUCUAAGGCCUGAGCUUUUCACCAAUUUUAGGAAGUUGACUGUGAUGAAUUUCAUGAACAAAAUUGUCUCGUCAUCCCUUCAAACUGGAAAAGUUACCCAAUCCAUAACAUGCAAGCCUGACUCAACACUGCAGGGUGUGAUCCAUACUCUUGCUUCUCAGUCUAUUCACAGGAUUUAUGUAGUAGAUGGGCAGGAUGAAGUAGUUGGAGUCAUUACACUGAGAGAUGUGAUCUCUUGUUUUGUCACCGAACCUCCUUACAAUUUUGACGAUUACUAUGGAUUUGCGGUGAAAGAGAUGUUGAAUCAGUGAUUUUAUGGAAGUUUAAAUAGAUGAAACAUUCCAAACGUAACAAACUCUUAUGUUAUCUGAGAAAACAUUUUAUUUUAAUUUUUACUGUUUAAGUAUUUUUCAUGCAA